AUGUUGUUGAAUCCGGCCGUUGCAACGCUUCGGAAUGUGACGGCGAAAAACGGUAAGUUUAUAUAUAGUUUUAGUCGUUUUAAAGCUAUUUAUCUGCUUUUAUAUUUAGUUUAGUGAAUUUUAAUUUAAAAAAUAGCAAAUAAACUACGAAGAAAAGUUAUUUAUUGUUUUAGCCGCAGCACUGUCCGUCAGGUUUUCAUCGACCGAAAAGCCAGCUGAAAAGACCCAUUUUGGGGGCCUGAAGGAUUCCGAUCGUAUCUUCACUAAUUUAUACGGCCGGCACGAUUAUCGUUUGAAAGGAGCAUUGGCUAGAGUACGUGUUACUUUUUGUUUUUUAUUUUCUGUUUAGGGUGAUUGGUACAAGACAAAGGAGAUUAUUCUGAAGGGUUCUAAAUGGAUUUUGGGUGAAAUCAGCACGUCUGGGCUUCGUGGACGUGGUGGAGCCGGUUUCCCUUCGGGAAUGAAAUGGGGAUUCAUGAACAAACCUUUUGAUGGCCGGUGAGAAAUUAUUUUUAGGCACUAUAUAGUUUUUUUUAAAUUUAGUGUUUUGUUACUGCUUACUCAUUUUGAAAAUCGUAUGGUAUUCAGUACAUAUUUUUAGUCCGAAAUAUUUGGUUGUGAACGCUGAUGAAGGAGAACCAGGAACAUGUAAAGAUCGUGAAAUUAUGCGUCACGACCCUCACAAGCUGAUUGAAGGAUGCUUGAUUGGUGGUGUAGCUAUGGGUGCUCGCGCUGCUUAUAUUUACAUCAGAGGAGAGUUUUACAAUGAAGCCGUUAUUCUUCAAGAAGCUAUUAAUGAAGCAUACAAAGCCGGAUACUUGGGAAAGGAUUGUUUGGGAACUGGAUAUCCAUUUGAUGUGUUUGUUCACCGAGGUGCUGGAGCUUAUAUCUGUGGAGAGGAAACUGUAUGUUUUAUAUUAUACCUAUAUUGUUACCUAAUAAGAUUUUUGUCUUUACGUAAAUUUUGGUGUUAUUUUUGUAGUUUAAGGUUUUCUAAUUAAGAGGUGUAUAAAUUUUAAUAGCAUUUUAGGCUUUGAUCGAAUCUAUUGAAGGAAAACAAGGCAAACCUCGUCUGAAGCCUCCAUUCCCAGCCGAUAUUGGUGUUUUUGGUUGUCCAACUACAGUAACUAAUGUUGAGACCGUAGCUGUAGCUCCAACUAUCUGUCGUCGUGGUGGUUCAUGGUUUGCUCAAUUUGGUCGUGAACGAAAUCGCGGUACCAAGUUGUUCUGUAUCAGCGGUCAUGUUAACAACCCCUGUACUGUUGAAGAGGAGAUGUCGAUUCCAUUGAAGGAUUUGAUCGAAAAACAUUGCGGAGGUGUUAUCGGAGGCUGGGACAAUCUUUUGGCAAUUAUUCCGGGAGGAUCGUCUGUCCCGUUGUUACCUAAAAGUGUUUGUGACGACGUUCUGAUGGACUUUGAUGCUUUGGUGCAAGCAAAAUCUGGAUUGGGAACUGCUGCAGUUAUUGUAAUGAACAAACAAGCUGAUGUUGUCAAGUGUAUUGCCAGAUUGUCAUUGUUCUACAAGCACGAGAGUUGUGGACAGGUACGUACGGGGAUCGGAAUUAUGCUUAUAUAGAAGAUUUGUAAAGGGCUUUUAAAAUUUAGAAGGGAUUAUUGCGACAACUUACAAUUUUUUCUUUUAGUGUACCCCAUGUCGUGAAGGUUGUAACUGGCUGAACAAAGUGAUGUGGCGUUUCGUCAAAGGAAAAGCCCAACCUUCGGAAAUUGAUGCCGUAUGGGAAUUGACCAAACAAAUUGAAGGUCAUACUAUCUGUGCUUUGGGUGAUGCUGCCGCGUGGCCAGUACAAGGUCUGAUCCGGCACUUCCGACCCGAAUUAGAGCGACGUAUGGCAGAAUACGCUCAGAAGGCACCGGAAGUUGUGAAUAAGAUUGAAGGCGCGCAUUAA